AUGGAUUAUAUGUCAUUUAACGAGACUUUCAGUAAGGAUAUCGUCGAAGAAAGCAGUGUUUUCGAUUCCAUGAACGACUGUCAAGGUUUUGAUUAUGGUGGUGAAAAUGCAACCGCAGUUAAUGAUGAAACAAUAGAAGAUCAAUGCAAUUAUUCAAUGAGGAAUGAAGAUGGCUGUAACGAUCGAAACGAAACAUUAUGUGAGCACAACGACGGAGUUUUUGUAGAUUUUGUCGAUGAUGAUGUUGCAUCGUUGAGUAAUGAAUCUGAAGAAUAUCGAUUUGAUGGCAUGGGGGAAACGAGCGAUGGGUCGAAAUGUUGGUUUCCCAAUAUAGACUCAAAACAUAAGCCGAAGGUUGGUGAUGGUUUUGAGACCGUAGAAUCGGCUGAGAAAAUGUACCAGAAGUAUGCUAAUGAAGCUGGGUUUGAUGUACGUUUAUCUAACAAGAAGAUAAAUAAGAUUGGUCGUAUCACGUCUCGAUUUUAUGUGUGUAGUAAGAAAGGAAGGCCACCAAGUAAGUAUUUUGAUUCCUUAGAUGUUCUUCCAGGUGAUCGCAGGAUCCGCAACUCAAAUGUAAAGUGUUCCGGUUGUGGAGCAUGUUUCAAGAUUCAUUAUGUUAAAGAACGGAGACUGUAUGAAGUUUACAAAUUUAUUGAGCAACACAAUCACAUGCUUUUUAAUAAGGAGGAGAUGAGGUUUUCACGUUCGAAAAGACAACUACAUUACGGUGAUCACAAAAAUGUAUUUCAUGGUUCUAGUUCGAAGGUUGGUGUCACCAAAUCUCAUAGAUUUAGGGCAAUUACAGGUGAUGUAGAUUGCUCGGGUGGCACCGUAAGAGAUCAUCAAAACUGCAAACGCGAUAUGGCUUAUUUUGUUGGCAAUGAAGAAGCGCAAAUGUUGUUAAAUGUGAUGUCUAAUAGGAGGAAGGAGUUGUUAGCGAUUUUCUGGGCUGAUGAAACUGCACGAUCGAAUUAUCGGGAAUUUGGUGAUGCAAUAUCAUUUGAUGCAACAUUUAGGAUGAAUAAGCAUGCAAUGAUAUUUGUUCUGUUUGUUGCAAUUGAUAAUCAUAAGAAAUCUGUCGUUGUUGGAGCUACGUUGAUUCACAAUGAAUCUGUGGUUGAUUACACUUGGGUAUUAAAAGCUUUUGUAAAAGCUGAUGGACGUCAACCACGUUUUGUGAUCACUGACCAAUGUGCAUCGAUGAAACAAGCAAUUCUCAUUGCAUUUCCUGAAUCCAAGCAUCGUUUAUGUAUGUGGCAUAUCACUAAAAAGCUCAAAUCUAAGAAUGUUCACCUUGCCCCUGAUGAAUUUGAGAUGAAAUGGAACAACAUGAUGGAUUUGUAUGGAUUACGUGGAGACUCAUGGUUUGAUGAACUGUAUGAGAUUAGGGAGUCAUGGAUUCCGGCUUAUUAUAAGGAUUAUCAUAUGUCCGGUCUAAUGAAAACAACAUCCAGCCAAUGGACGACACAUGGGUUGCUAGAGGUGACAACGAAGAGCACGGUUCCUCGAUUGGUGUCUCCUUGCAAAUUAGAAGCUUAUGCAGUAGAAGUUGUCAAGAACAAGAUGGAAAACUCGUAUGAAUGCUCAUGUAACUGUUUUGUUCGUAACGGGAUUUUAUGUCGUCAUGCUCUCAAGGUAAUGUUAAAUGACGAGGUUGAUAGGAUUCCAUAUAGGUAUAUACUUCGUCAUUGGAGACGCGAUCUAGUCCCAGUGGAGUGGUUACCAGCACGUUUCAGAUAUGGGGAAGUUGAUGCUGAUAAGGAGAGCUUGAUGAGUGUUGCUUAUUCGUAUUUUGAACGUAUUCUAGGUCGAGUGCAAAAAGAGAAACAUAUUUUGUCAAAAUUUGUUGACCAACUUCAAGAAUGGGAUACAAAGAUUGAUAGUGAACUUCCUCUACAGUCACACACUCAAGAGACAACAACAUCUAUUAAAGAGUUUCUUGGAGUAUCUCAACCCGAAAAUAUUGAUGUUCUACCUCCAACCGGCAUACGGAAUAAAGGUUGUGGGACUAGUAAGAGACUUAUUAGCGCUGCCUAG